ACGCUGCUGAAGGGAGUCAAGAAAGGUGCAAGGAGAGGGGAGAAUAUGGAAGGGGGAAUCAUGACUCAGCCAUGACUAAGCGAUGCGUAUUGACACCUCAAAUGUCCUCAUGCAGGGUCGAUGUUCAACAUGUCAAAAUCGUACAAGGUAAUACUACUUGAAGAAGGGCUUCUUUUAUCAUUUGAUACCGAGUAUGUUCCGCACCCUUGGAUCAGAUCAGGUACAUGUCUGUCACUAUCAUCUCCUUUGAACCUCAAACCGAUGACCCAAAUCCUUUCUUUGGGCGCAAAGCACUAUCAGGAGCUUCCAGGAGUGCAUAGCGAACUAUGUCCUGAAGUGUUCCACUACGCUAUGUAUAAUUCCAAAAGUGACCUCUGAAAAGAAGUUACACAAUUUCAUUUUCAAUUUCCAUUCAACUUUCAAAUAAAUCCCUUUCAUCGAUUGUCCUCUGUUUAAGGUUUUGAGGCUGCCUGAAAUCUUGUCCCGCAGCAGCUGCCCCGCCACGCAAGUCCCAACGCGUCAUGGGACAUCCAAUCCGCCACACUCGACACCACAGCAUACUUGAUCACAGUAACACCACCAGGAACAAGAGAGACACAAAAUGACCUGAACUUCCAACUUUCUGCUCUUCAUCCAGAGCUUCAACAUACCGAUCAACAAUCCGCCAACUUUAAGAGUACGCAGCUGGGAUAACGACAAUGACGUCGUCAAAGAACCCCGCGCGAUCAGCAUCUCCAUCGAACAGCUUCUAUGCUAUGAGCGACGACGAGGAAGGCGACUAUAAUACCAUUACCCAUACGACCUCUGGCAGGGGGGUGAAGCUUCUCUAUUCAAAGAGCAAGGUUUAUAUCCACCCCACCCCCUCCGCAAAGGACAAUAUACCAGGGUAUAUUGCACUCCUUCAGCAGAAGCCAGCACCCGACUCUCGACCCACUUCAUCCUCCUCCCCAUCUUCGAGAGCGAAAGCGGCCUCUUCCCUCCUCCUUGCCUGGGUUCCCGAACAUUCCCUGGGCGAUGCUAGAGAUACAUACGUGAAGGUGGAUCUGGCAGAAGGCGACUCUCCUCCGAAACAAUCAUACCUCGUUCCACCUCCCCCGACCACGACUACACACUCGAGCUCGAUAGGACACUAUGCCUUCGCCAUUCCCGUCUCUGCAAUAUACAGUUUACUGGUUCGACCUCCGAGUCUUGGGUGGUGGUUCGGCAGCGUUAUCAUUAAUAGCAGGGCGGGGGAUUCUUUCCCGGCCCUCUUUUUCCACGAUUCAGAAUGUCAAUCUACAAUUCUACAAAAAAAGAAGCAUGCGAGGGAGAACUUCGAUCCCUUUGGUGCGAAUGGGGAGAUGUUCUGGGGCGGAGACGAGGUGCUGAGAUGGCUGAGGAGAUAUGUCGAGAUUGAGCGCAGUGGUGCGGAACCUAAUAUCUAUUUGAUCGAGCCCAGUCUGGAGGAUAAGGAGGCCUUCGGUGGAAAGCCAGUUACAGCUGCGUUGGUGAGGCCGACGAGCAGUGGAGCCAAUGUGACGGGAGCAGCCGGUUCGGGAGCUGCAUCGAGCUCGAGAGGUCCCAGAGAUGCAGCUAUGGAUCCAGUCACAAAGUUUGUCAAGGAGGCCGGAUGGAACCUGAUGGAGAAAUUCAGCAAGGUCACAACUUUUACAAGACGGACGGCAGAUUCGGUUAUCGACAACCCCAAGAUGCCACCACAGAUGAGGAGGCUGUUGAAGAACCCUGAGGUACAGACAUUACAGGAGGAAUUCGACAGUGCAAGGAUAUAUUUGGCAAGAUGGGCUAUGGGUAUUGCUGAGCAGAGUGAACGAGAUCGAAACCAGAGAAUAUGGACAGCCAGGGAUGUCCUGGAAAUGGAGGAGACUGAUGUCGGAGAAUUCGAGCUUCUGGAUACUGAAAUGGGAUCAUUGAGUAUGAAGGAGCAGCGGAAAACAGUCACUUUGAAGGAAUGGAAUAGCUACUUCGACCAGCGAACAGGAAGAUUACAAGUCACUGUUGACGAGGUCAAGGAGCGGAUAUUCCAUGGUGGGCUUGAUCCCGAGGAUGGUGUAAGAAAAGAGGCAUGGCUUUUCCUUCUCGAAGUCUACGAUUGGCAUUCCUCAGCCGAGGAACGCAAGAACGAGGCAGCUAAACUCCGGGACGAAUAUGUGAAGUUGAAGGGUGCAUGGUGGGAUAGAUUAAUUGAUCUUGGUGGAGAAGGAGAGGAGGGCGAAUGGUGGCGUGAGCAGAGAGGCCGAAUAGAGAAGGAUGUGCACCGAACAGAUCGUACAAUUCCGCUUUUCGCAGGAGAAGACACACCACAUCCGGAUCCGUCCUCGCCAUUUGCAGAUGUCGGAACCAACGUCCACCUGGAACAGAUGAAAGACAUGCUCUUGACCUAUAACGAGUACAAUCGCGACUUGGGUUAUGUCCAAGGAAUGUCUGAUCUUCUCGCCCCUAUCUAUGCCGUAAUGCAGGACGAUGCUAUCGCAUUCUGGGGAUUCCAACAUUUCAUGGACCGCAUGGAAAGAAACUUCCUCCGCGAUCAGAGUGGCAUGAGAAAGCAGCUUCUUACUCUGGAUAAUCUAGUCCAACUUAUGGAUCCCAAGUUGUACCUGCAUCUUCAAAGCGCCGACUCCACGAACUUUUUCUUCUUCUUCCGCAUGUUACUUGUCUGGUACAAGCGCGAGUUCCCAUGGCUAGAUAUCCUGCAUCUGUGGGAAGUGUUGUGGACGGACUACUUGAGCAGCGGAUUCCACCUCUUCAUUGCUCUUGCAAUCUUGGAAAAGCACAGAGAUGUGAUUAUGGAACACUUGCAACAUUUCGAUGAGGUGUUGAAAUAUGGUACGGUCGAAUCCUCCCUCCUGGUUCAGACAAUGAAGCUAAUUUGAAACAGUCAACGAGCUCUCCACCACAAUUGACCUAGAAUCAACACUUGUCCGCGCAGAAGCUCUCUAUCGCCGCUUUCAGCGCACUGUCGAAGCCAUUGAUAAGAAAUCCAACUUCCCAGCCCCGAAACUGCGACAGCGAAAUACAGCUUCGACACAGAAUGUAUCGCUCGGAGGCACGCAAUCAUUACGGCCAAGCUCACCUACCUCACCCUCGGCGAAUACCUCGGGUGUCGAUACUGUAAGUGCUGGCGGCACGAACAGUGACCCUCCAACAGGUGGUGAGAUUUCUGCAGGUACAGCGAAUCCAUCAACAGCAACUGCUGCGAAGGGUAAUUCGAAGGGUAAAGGAAAGGGAAGGGGCGAUGAGCGGAAGAGUGCCGAGCUGGAAGAUCAAAGACCUAAAGUCA